CUCAUGCUCUUUGCUAUGUUGCUGCCUGCCCAGCUUCUACUAUAGCUUACAUGACAAAAGCAAGGGGAUGGAGUGAGUGAAAUAAACCUACACUUCGUGUUUCUCACAGCCACUUUUUGGGGGGUAAUUUAGCAGGGAGAGGGGGGUUUGGAUCUCUGCGCGACAUUACAAGAAAACGCGCAUGUUUAGUAGUAGAAAGCAGCUGCCUGUCUCUUUUACGCAUAUCCUACUCCAGUGAAGGCAGCAGCAGUUCAGAUCAGAUUUCACAUUCAACCCCGACCAGCUGAGAGAGGGAGAGAGAGACAGCCAGAGAGCAGGAGGGCUCGUUUCUCCGCUUUCGUCUCCGAAACCCCCUUUUUUCCUGAGCGCCACUGACCGUUCCAGCGAGGAAAAACCCGGGUGUGCGGCGCAGUUAUCGGGAUUUUUUUAUUUUUAUUUUUUACCUCCCUCCCUCCUUUUUUUCUUUUAUGUAUUUUUGCAGGAUUUCAGCAGCGAGAGUACCACAGAGAAUUAGAUAAGAGGGGAGAAGAAGAAUAAGAAGAAGAAGAAGAGAUGGACGAGCAGCCGAGGUUGAUGCACUCUCACACGGGGGUAGGCAUGGCAGGGCACCCCGGCCUGCCGCAGCAUAUGCAAGAAGGCACCGGAGGAACGGACGGUGACGGAAGAAAGCAGGACAUUGGAGACAUUUUACAGCAAAUUAUGACCAUCACGGAUCAAAGUCUGGAUGAAGCCCAAGCCAGGAAACACGCUCUGAACUGUCACAGAAUGAAGCCAGCUCUUUUCAAUGUCUUGUGUGAAAUCAAAGAAAAAACAGUGCUGAGCAUUCGCGGCGCCCAGGAAGAGGAGCCCCCAGACCCCCAGCUCAUGCGACUGGACAACAUGCUUCUGGCAGAGGGCGUGUCCGGACCGGAGAAAGGCGGAGGUUCUGCGGCAGCGGCGGCUGCAGCGGCCGCCUCUGGAGGGGCAGGGGCCGACAACUCAGCAGAGCACUCUGACUACAGGGCCAAGCUGUCCCAGAUCAGACAGAUCUACCACACAGAGCUGGAGAAGUAUGAACAGGCGUGUAACGAGUUCACCACCCAUGUGAUGAACCUGUUGAGAGAGCAGUCACGCACGCGACCCAUUUCGCCCAAAGAGAUCGAGCGCAUGGUGAGCAUCAUCCACCGCAAGUUCAGCGCCAUCCAGAUGCAGCUCAAACAGAGCACCUGCGAGGCCGUGAUGAUCCUGCGCUCCCGCUUCCUCGAUGCCAGACGAAAAAGACGAAACUUCAACAAGCAGGCGACAGAGAUCCUGAAUGAAUAUUUCUACUCGCACCUCAGUAACCCCUACCCCAGCGAGGAGGCUAAAGAAGAGCUGGCAAAGAAGUGCGCCAUCACAGUGGCCCAGGUUUCCAACUGGUUCGGGAAUAAAAGAAUCAGAUACAAGAAAAACAUUGGUAAGUUCCAAGAAGAAGCCAACAUGUACGCUGCGAGAACUGCCGUGAAUGCGGCUAAUGCAUCCUCACAUGGAAGCCAAGCAAAUUCACCCUCAACUCCAAACUCUGCAGGUUCUGGUGGCUCUUUUAACAUGUCAAACUCGGGGGACUUGUUCAUGAGCGUGCAGUCUCUCAAUGGGGACUCGUACCAGGGGGCUCAGGUGGGAGCCAACGUGCAGUCGCAGGUGGAUACCCUUCGCCAUGUUAUCAGUCAGACAGGCGGAUACAGUGAAGGACUCACAGCCAACCAGAUGUACAGUCCGCAGGGCAUCAAUGCAAACGGCGGCUGGCAGGAUGCUCCAACCCCCUCAUCAGUGACAUCACCUACAGAAGGACCUGGAAGCGUUCACUCCGAUACCUCCAACUGAUCCUCCACCCACCUGCUUCCUCUUGAUUCCCACUUUCCUCGAUCCACCACAACUCUCCCUUCCAAAACUUAUACCCUGACCCCCUUUUUUUGGGACUGGAUGGGAAACGGCGCGGCACAGUCGGGGUCUGGAGAUGACGUUUUCACCAUUACGGAUAAAACUGUUCACUUUUCCUAUCUGGACCACCGCGGCACCAUUAGCAGCCUGCGUAGGGGACUCAUAUUCACACCACACAGUUUGUACAGUUUCCACUUGAUGUCCAUGUUGCCUCUUUGUAUUUCUCUUUACAGUAUAUAUUCACACAGUAGGCUCACAGCAGCGUAUUGGCCCACAUCUUGUAAAUUGAGAUGCUUUCACACUACCUCUAUUCGAAAUAAUAACAUAGCAAACAAAAUUUAAACGGCUUCGGUUUUACAAAGUUUCGUAUUUUUACAAAUUUAUCACACACCACAUCGAGCCCUAUCGUUACACGUCUGUUUUCAAUACCAGAUUACUUUUCUUUUUUUUACCUAUGGUGCCAAAGUUCAGCUCUGGAGGUGAAUUUUGAAAACAUUGUUGUCUCAUGUCCUUAAAUUUCUCAUGCCAUACAUUGUGACAUAUUAUUAUUAUUAUUAUUAUGUUAGUCCAUUUAUAUUAGUAAGCUGAUAUCCAAGUAUUCAGCCUCGGUUUGUAUUGUUUGUAUUCAGAACUUCUACAGCAGACACUGACAUUUAAGACCUUUUAUUGCUUUGUGCCAUAGUAGCUACGUUUCAGCUAACACGCGGUACAACAGUGCAGAGACUUUACAAUCUUAAAGCGAGAAAUUAAGGAAUUGAGCUCAAAGACGUAUAUAUUAAAGCACAAUAACAUCUACUGAUUAAAGUCAAAGGGGAGCAUUUGUAAAUGUGAAAAAAAAGAAAAACUGUUUAAAUCUAACAGUGAGACAAACGGAUCCAAAUACUGCUGGUAACCAAACAGUAAUUCAGUUUUUAAGGUAUCAGGUCAUCAGGAUUGAACACAUCGCAUGUCCUUUCUCAUUCAUGUAUGGAGUCACAUUUGUGCCAAAAGUCUGAGCACGAGAUGAAUCAUUUUGAGAACAGAAGAAUUUUGGUUUUGCUCAACUUAUUCUUUUCCAAUAAAUAAAUUGGAAAAGUCAAUAAAAAUGUGCAAAAUUUGAUAAAAAUAAAUAAUCGUUUCCUAUUAAAGUUUGUAAAACUGGAACAUGCUAAAAAAUGUAAUAGAUAUGUCUCUGCAAUAUUCUUUUUUUUUUUUCUGUUCAAAAUGUCUCACUGAAUCCUCAGGAUUUAGUCACAAAUCUAAUCGGCGUGUGUUCAUCUUGAUCUGCCUGACCUGUUUUGUAACCUCUGAUAACAUCAGAGAGAACGUCUGACGUUAGUAAUUAUUACGAAAGUAAUUAUAUUCUCACUUAUUCACUUUUUUCUUUGUUUAAAAUGACACUACACUCAUGAACAUGAUGCCAAUCUGAAAUGUGAAAUUAAAUUUGUGACCUUUGUCGUAUGUACAGUACAAUGUAUACAUGAUUACAAUAGUCCUCAUGAGCAUUUACAUACUUUGAUACCAAAAAAAGGCAGAAUUUUAUCCCCCUCAUUGGGAUCAGCUUUAUCGAGGGUUUUCUUUUUCCUGUUUUUGAAUGGUUUUAGUAUCUGCAGUGCUAGUGAGCAUCUCAUUAUGCUCCAGUACUCUGUAUCCAAAGCCAAAAAAAUGCACUUGGAAUACAGUAGUGUUUAUAUAAAUUCAAAUGAAAACAAAUACCCUGAUGGCACACAAAUCCAGAAGAUGUUUGGAUAUAUUUUUAUGUGUCUCCAUUUUGCAAAUAAGUCAUCUUUUUUGUUUCACUUGAUAUUCUUUUGACUGUUUUUCUUUUUAUGCUACCAUUAUGUGUGAAUUGCCCAAGAAUGCUCUAUAUACAGUAUGUAGAUAUGCGCCUUUACUCUUUUUUUGCAUCUUUGAAUUUGGACAGUAGCUAUUUUAACGCAGCCUCUUUGAGUUCCUGUUGGAUUUACGGUGAAAUCCUUCUUAUUCUUUUGUACUCAUGUCACAUGUUACAACCCUGCGUCCAAAAUGGCUACUGUCCCAUUAAAGGUGACGUGAAAAGUUAGCGUUAACAUUGCCCUCUCUUUGGCUUUUAUUUUAGCUGAACUGAACCCUGAGAGAAAAUUCAGUCCCGAGAUCCCAAACAGCCUGAAAACCACAGGUAUUUUUUUAACAGUAUUUAUUACACACGUAUGAAAUCAUGGAUGUCUCAGAGCUUGGGCGUUGAGAUCUACGACGGCGUGAUGGCAACAGACAAACUCAUUUGAAUGACUCAGAGCGGCUCCCCUCUCGACUCACCUGCUCAGUAUUACAGCCGAGGGGGCGAGCACCAUUGAAAUGAUGCACAGAACCUGCCUCAGUCGUGUCUUUGGAAGUCAUUGGAGUGAACUGACAGCGGCGGCCAUGCAAGGCAAACACGAGGAUUGUUUUUGCACCCCUCAAAAAAAGGCUUAACUCUACUUUUCACAUUGCCUGUCAAAUAUUAUCGAAGCUUCAUGUAAUGAUGCUUUUUAGUUUUUGAAUAUAAAAGGAAAAGAGACAUGAAAAGAAAGAUGACCAAUUUGUAAAACAUGAAAUGUUUUAUUUGUUGCAUGUCUUUUUGUUCUUCAAUAAAAUAACGUACUGCAGUGUUUUGAAUGUUAACUUCUUUUUUAUAAGGAUUUCAGAGUGAAAUCGUGGAGCCUUUUUCUUGACAGGUUUUAACUUUUAAGAUCUCUGCGUAUGUAAAAAGGUAUCAAAUGGAAAACUAUUGUCUUUUUAAUUCCGAUUCAAAACUUGUUUUCUGUGGAGAAAAAUAGCUGAAAGGUGUAGGUUUUAUGGUCUCUUAAUUUGUACUGGCAAUGCGUAUCCCAAAUAAAUAGUUUCUUUUGUUGCAUAAACGGAGGUUUUGUCAUUUUUCUGGUGAAGUUUUGUUUGCUCUUUGUGCUUUUCUCCACCACAAACUUGAGCGUGGUGUUUCCAGCAGACUUUUGUAACAGGGUCAGGGUCAGAAGUCACUGUAGGAUACAAGUUAACACAUUGUAGACUUGUCAGUCCAACACCUCUGGAUAGCAUUGCACGUCUCACUUCCAACUAGGCUGUGGCAUGGAGGCAUUUUAUCACCACUAACAUAGCACCGGAGCUUGGCCUGAGCUGCCGAGGGUGUGAAGGGGACAUUUUCACAGUUUUCACAGUGAGUGAAAGCUGUGUGCUCCCGGCAGACA